UCGGCUCUGGCUGCGGUGCGGAACCCACCUCCUCCUGUCAGCCGAGAUCUGCGGGGUACAAUGACGAUCUCAAAUAUCACAGUUCACCUGAAUCGAAGUUUCUAUACAUCAUAUGCGCUUCUGAUUCUCCUCAAGUGUGGUGCAGAAGUAGAGGCAACUGGACCGAUUUCCUUGUUAGCUCAUCAACCUAUUCGAAUUCGUCAACUAACCUUCGCUGAGCAUGUCCAGUUCUCAAAUCUACCAGUCGAUUUCAAUGUGGUCGUAGAAGUGUAUGCUAUGAAGUUGCCCACCGUCAAGCAAGCCGAUCAGUCAUGCGCUACAAAUAUUGCAAACAAGUGUCGUAAUCUCCUCAAUCCAGCCUCUUAUCGCAGUGAUCCACAGGCGUCCGAGUUUGCUCGCUGUGGAUACAUAAUUUUGAAUAGGGACACGGUUGGCGCCAAUAAAUUCUAUCUGGACGAGGCAGAAUACCCACUAGAAGGCAUAAUUGAAGUGUAUGCGCGCUGCACCACUCUUCCUCCAGCAAUAGAGGUCGACAAUCGUGGAUUCUUGACGAUGUAUCAAACGGUGAGCGGCAUGGCAUCAUGGGAACGCUACUGGGCCGUCUUGCGUCGUGGUAUGGUUUAUUUCUGGCGAUAUCCGGACGAUGAAUCACUGGAAAAGGUUCUGUCCCUUUAG